CAUCUCGGAUUUUUGUAAUACCCAAUCAAGUCCGCGAUACUGCAGAUCGUACUAUGUCAAUCCCAUGGCCAAUGAGAGCCUCAUUGUCGUCAGAAUGAGCCCAAAUGUGAGCUUCACAGAUUGACGAGUGUAAUGGCACGCGAACGGAGAUCUCUGCGGCCUCAUUUCUGCGCGUAGAUCCCUCAUAUAGGAAGAGAAGCACAAUGGAUCCGCCAGGGGCGUUGAAAGUGUAUAUAACCUGCUGGGUUGGGCUGCUUCCCAGGGAUAGAUCAAGAUCAGCAACUCAAGAUCCUCCCUUCUCCAAGUCAAGAACCUCACCUGCCUCCCUAGCACCAACAUACUCAGGACAGUAUCUAUAUUCAACAUGAAAGGAGCCGGACUCGCCUUUGCUCUUCUCACUUCGGUGACAUCGGUCGCAGCACAUGCCACCUUCCAAGAACUAUGGGUCGGCGAUGUCGACCAGGAUCAGAAAUGCAUCCGUGUAGUACCCAACAACAAUCCAGUGACAGACGUCGCGGGCAAGGAUAUGGUCUGUAAUGUGGGCGGAAGCAAAGGUGUAGCAGGAGUCUGCGAGGCAGAAGCCGGCCAGACUAUCUCGGUAGAGAUGCACCAGCAACAGCACGACCGGGCUUGCGGCACAGAAGCCAUCGGGGGCAACCACUUCGGCCCGGUGAUGGUGUACAUGAGCAAGGUCGAGGACGCCACCACGGCAGACGGUUCGGACCCGUGGUUCAAAGUCAGCGAGUUCGGCUACGACGCCGACAACAAGACGUGGGGCACCGACAUGCUCAACCAGAACUGCGGCAGGCACACCUUCACCAUCCCCAGCAAGAUCCCGGCGGGAGACUACCUCAUCCGGGCCGAGGCCAUCGCCCUGCACACCGCAUCACAGCUGGGCGGCGCCCAGAUGUACAUGUCUUGCUACCAAAUCAAGCUCACAUCGAGCGGCGAUCAGCUGCCGGCCGGCGUCGCACUGCCUGGAGCUUACAAGGCCACCGACCCCGGCAUUCAGGUCGAUAUCUGGGGCAACGAUUUCAAGUCAUACACCAUUCCAGGACCUGAUGUGAUCGACGCGAGCUUCUUUUGAGGCAAGAGACGGUGGCUGGGGUGGUUCAAGGCAUGUGUUAAUGAUGGCCUCUCUGUACAUGACUUGAAAUAGAAAGGUGUUUACAAUCUUGCGACGCGUAAGCCAUGAUCCUUUGGGUUGUAAACCUUUGACCAUCAAUCUUGGCUCUCAAGAAAUAAGUUGGCAGCUGUCAGUGG